UCUUCCCUCCCCUUCCCACUUCCUCUCUUGCUAAGGCCAUAGCCAUUAUCCUAUCAAGAACACUGAGAUUUUGCCAUGGCUCUUACUCUUGGGAUGAUCAAGACUUUUCUUCUGGUGUCCCUGUUACUCCUUGCUCCCUUGUCUUCAGGUUUGGUUGAGGGCUUCAAUGAAGGAAUGAACUCGUAUCCCUCACUUCACAAGGAUGGCAUCCAAGUGAAUACAAGGAAGCUUUUGCUGGUCGACGAGCUGGAUUAUGACGAUGCUGGAGCGAACCGUAGACAUGACCCAAGGGGGAGACCUGGUGUUGGUGGCUACAAGAACCCUUGAAUUCUCUUGAGCCAUUAUCUAUAUAUUAUGUAUCCUCUGGAGGUUUUGUCCAUGCACGAGGAGAUAUAAUAUUGCAUUUCAAAAGGAUUUUUAUGUAGUAAUUAAUAUGCUAGCUAGCUAUUAUUGUAUGUACGAGCACCUAGCUAGCUAGCUAAUUGCCCACGAUUGUGGGACUAAGGUAUGGUUUUACGUUGCUGGCACUGCUUCAUGUAUGAACUUCUCUGCGUAUUUCUUAUCUCAUAAUAUUGUAAUAAUAAAUAAUGAAGUUGGCGCCUAGCCUUUUCUACUC